AUGAAAACUUUUUCUAUUAUCAUAACAUUUAUAACUCUAUUUCUCAUAACAUCAGAGGGACAUAAUCUCAGUUCAGCUGGUUAUACACAUCAAUUUUUGCAAAUAACAUCAAAGGAAAUAGAUCGUGAUAGUAACACCGAACCUACUCCAAUCGUACACAUUGUCUCCCAAGACAACUCAAAGAUCAGUGAUCAAAAGGUUGGUAGUUUUUUGAGAAAAAAGAUUUGGAAUUAUUCAAACGGAUGGAUGAGUUCGAAUGCGUCCAAUUUCUAUCGUCAAUUAAUUGAUAAUGAGAAAUUAAAUUUGUCUCGUAUUUGCGAUGUAAAUGAAUGCCAGAAUAAGUAA